AUGAGAGCUGACGGCCCCCGGAGGGGUAUGGGGCCCGGUGUGGGGCCCCCAGACGGCGGCUGGGGCUGGGUGGUGCUGGCCGCCUGCUUUGUGGUCACCGGCUUCGCCUACGGCUUCCCCAAGGCCGUGAGCGUCUUCUUCCGCUCGCUCAUGCGCGACUUUGGCGCCGGCUACAGCGACACGGCCUGGGUGUCCUCCAUCAUGCUGGCCAUGCUCUACGGCACGGGCCCCGUGUCCAGCAUCCUCGUGACGCGCUUUGGCUGUCGCCCGGUGAUGCUGGCGGGCGGGCUGCUGGCCGCGGCGGGCAUGAUCCUGGCAUCCUUUGCCAGGCGCCUGCUGGAGCUGUACCUGACUGCCGGGGUCCUCACAGGCCUGGGUCUGGCCCUCAACUUCCAGCCGUCGCUCAUCAUGCUGGGGCUGUACUUUGAGCGGCGGCGGCCGCUGGCCAACGGGCUGGCGGCGGCAGGCAGCCCCGUGUUCCUGUGCGCGCUGUCGCCGCUCGGCCAGGUGCUGCUGGAGCGCUUCGGCUGGCGCGGCGGCUUCCUGCUCUUCGGCGGCCUCCUGCUGCACUGCUGCGCGUGCGGGGCCGUCAUGCGGCCGUCGCCCCCCGGCCCAGGCCCCAGGCCGCGCGCGGACUGCGCCGAAGACACCUCGGGGGACGCGCCCGGAGCCGUGGAGGCAGACGGCGCGCGGCGGAACCUGCACGAGACGCCCCCUAGCGGCCGGGCCCGCCGGCGCCUGCUGGAAGUGGCCGUGUGCACCGACCGUGCCUUCAUCGUGUACGUAGUCACCAAGUUCUUGAUGGCGCUUGGGCUCUUUGUACCCGCCAUCCUGCUGGUGAACUACGCCAAGGACGCAGGCGUACCUGACGCCGACGCCGCCUUCCUGCUGUCCAUCGUGGGCUUCGUCGACAUCGUGGCGCGGCCGGCGUGCGGAGCCCUGGCGGGCCUGCCGCGCCUGCGACCGCACGUCCCCUACCUCUUCAGCCUGGCUCUGCUGGCCAACGGGCUCACAGACCUGGGCAGCGCGCGCGCGCGCUCCUACGGUGCCCUGGUCGCCUUCUGCGUGGUCUUCGGCCUCUCUUACGGCACGGUGGGUGCGCUGCAGUUCGAGGUGCUCAUGGCGGCCGUGGGUGCGCCCCGCUUCCCCAGUGCUCUGGGCCUGGUGCUGCUCGUGGAGGCCGUGGCCGUGCUCAUCGGACCGCCCUCUGCCGGCCACCUGGUGGAUGCCCUGAAGAACUACGAGAUCAUCUUCUACCUGGCUGGCUCAGAGGUGGCCCUGGCUGGGGUCUUCAUGGCCAUGGCCACCUGUUGCCUGCGUCAUCAGUCUCACUCCCUGGAGGCUUCGGCUGGUGCAGCCACUGGGGGAGCAGCCAGUGACACUGAAGACUCUGAGGAGCGGGGAAGUCUGCAGGCCCUGGAAAUGCUGACCCCCAAGGCCGGGGCUGGGGAACUGAAGGUGGAUGUAGAAUCAGGUCCAGGCCAGGAGUCUGUGUAGCACAUUUCAAGGGGGUGGCCCAAGGGCUCUGGAAUGUGACUUCAUCUUCCCAAAGGGCUUGGCACACUGGGAAGUAGGGCCGGUUGGUCGUUCCCUGGGCAAGUCUGGGCUGCAGUUAUCCCUUGGGCGUCAUGGGAAUGCCCCUCCCAUUUGCCAGGCCCUCUCCUCUUGCUGGUGAAACAGCUGUGGUCUCACAGGAAAUCGAGUCGAUAAAGCUCAGAUGAAAGACAAGCUCUGUUCCUGUGCCUCUGCCCAGGACUCUGGCUACGCCCCUGAGCUGGGGUGGGGGGAAGGUCUGAGGGGUCUCCCCGGGGCCUCCCUGGAGUUGGGCGAGUGUCAAUGACGGAUGCAAGGCAGGAGGUGCUCCUGGGGCUGGGAGUUGAGCUGUGUGCUGAGCCUCCU